AUGAUGUUGAAUUGCUUUCCUCUUCGCUCGACUUCUGGGGGCUCCCACAGAGCAAGUAGCAUUGGUCCCGGACCACAAGGGCAUGGCUUGGCCCCACCCCAGUCUGGUGUCAGACCUCGUGCUCGCUCAAUACUCAGGUCUGAUGCAGGCUUGUCAACACACUCUGGUCCCGCAAGUCACAGACCACCCAUCAGCUCAAACUCGCAGCUACAGGUCACCCGCAGACAGGUUUCAAACCAUGAACAGAUUUCUGUUCCGGAUACUUCCCAGGUUUCUCCCCCAUGCUCACUGACACGUCCAUCUUCUCCAUCUGAAUCGUCCGACCUUGACGAGCCUAUCAGUGCAGACGCACCAAAUAAAUUGCUUGCAUUCAUUGAGAAUGGUAAUUUAUUUUUCAUGCUUCUUGAGCUGAGGGCCGGUCAGAUUGAACAAGAAGAAGGGAAUGAAGCACACGCCCUACAAGAAUUAGAGAAACUGAUUUCUUCAAAGGACUUUGAGAGCGCACUAAAGAGUCGUCUUACUGCCUGCAUGCUAUCCCCUAACCUGACUGCAUACGUGACUGAUACCCAACAACAUGUCAUGGAAUUUAUUCAAGGGCACCUUGAACUUUUCAAGAUCUCUGAGGGCCUCUUCAACGACAGUGAGUUGCGUAUGCAAUUGGGUAAAUUAGUUACGUGGCUUUUGGCGACCAUCUGCGGUCAGAUCAAGACUGCGUUAACAACAUUGAUCAUCAAGAGAACAAGUAUUAUGGACGCUCUCAAGCCCCUUAUACACAGUGGUAUGGAAGUCGACUCUUCACACUGGACUAGGUUUGCGUUUUUGCGGCGCUGUAUCCGCAUUUUCUUGAUCGGAGUUCGUGAUCACAAAAAGGUCUCCCUCCAGGAUCUUUUCUCCCCCUACCUCAUUGCCUCGCUUCACCCGGACCUCCAACAGCACAUCCAGCAAACACUCAAAGUCAAUCUAGUUCAGCUGGCACAGGAACUCGAGGAUGGCACACCUCACGCCUCUGGCAGUGGGAAUCAAGAUGACAUCAGUGACACCACCCGCAAGGAUGCGAAUCAUACUGGAAGCACUGUCACCAUCAAUAUAGAAACCUUGGGAGAGGAAGCUGAUACUGACACUAUUGUACCUACAGAUGCAUUCGCAGAUGUGGAUGCAGAUGCAGAUGGAAUCUCUGAUGAAUAUCUUGAUCCUGGUUGUUCAACUUCUGGCUUCAGACUCGACAGCUCCAUGCCAAAGUGGAACAAACAGAAGUUUUGGAACUACAUUGAUGCCAUGCUGGAGCAGAUUCGUGAAAGUGUGGCAAUGGUCGAGAUUCUCCAGCUUGAUUUGCAGGAAUUCCCUGGUCGCCGCAAAGUUUCAACUCUCUCAAAAGCCAUGCAGCCUGCGUGGCAGGAGACGAUUCAGAAGAAACUGCUGUGGUAG